AUGGCUAACGCAUUUGAAGGUCCUGGUGGUCGGAGGUCCUCAGCCAGUAAACUAUUCCCUCCUAAGUUUGGUACACCUACUGGACAAGAAGUGGAUGAAGAGAAGUUACUGCAUAUCUUCAAAGAAAUAGAUACUGAUCAUUCUGGGAGUAUCGAUCUUGAUGAGCUCGGAGAGGCUAUGCGCAUGCUUGGCAUAAAGUGUACGUAUGCGUUCGUUAGAAAGGCCUUGAGAAGCAUAGAUACUGAUCGCAACGGCACUAUUGAGCCUCACGAGUUCGUCAAAUUCUUCUCGACGGUCACUAAUCCCGACGAAUUCCGUAAUUACUAUGGUGAUUUGUUGGGAAAGCAGAACCAAAAAUAUUACGAUUACAAGACCAUGGCAUCCGAGGAUCCGACUUUUGGUCGAAGAUUCCGUAUUCCUCAAACUAUCUCACGUGAGCAUAAGAUAUCCAAGCACCAGGAGAGUGUCGAGUCUGUUAAAUGGUUGGAUCGCAACCGAUUCAUCAGCGCCUCUCUCGACCGUACGGUAAAGAUCUGGGAUGUCUCCGGUCCUCUCGAGCCUCUCGCUUCGUUUGACUAUCCUUCACCGAUCUACUCCAUGACCGCAUCUCCCAAGGGAACAUGGGCCGUGAUGGGCUUCGGUAAGGCUAUCGACAAGGAAGAACAGAUGUAUUCGCAUCCCGCUAAUUUGAUUAUAUCUCCCUUCAUAAGAUACUUGUCUGUGUUGGAUAUCGAUAAUAAAAACACGGAGAAGGCUCAGAUGAAGGGGCAGGAUUCUCCUGUAUUCGCCACCGCGAUUUCCCCAGGCGAAAUGUAUAUCGCAUCGGGAAGCAAGUCUGGUAGAGUCCUUUUGCACGACGUAAGGACUUGCAAGUUAUUGUCUGAGCUACGUCGGAGUCCCCGCAUCAUUCAAGCUAUUGACUUUAGUGAGGAUGCCAGACGUGUGGUGUCCUGUGGCAACGAUGGUGAUGUUGCCCUAACCGAUAUUUCGGCUGCACCAACGACCAGACCUCUUUCUAUUAUAGAAGAGGCCGCAGCCACUGAUAUAGUGUAUGAUGUCGCUUUUCGUGGGGAGUAUGAGAUCAUCACUUGCGGAGGUGACUUUUGUUGUAAGAGGUGGGAUCUGCGGCAGAUCAAAAAGGGACCUGUUCAACGUUAUCUUGGACACACUUCGGCAAUAAGGACGAUUGUACUCUCUGAUAAGCAUGAUGCAAAAUACUUCCUUUCCGGUGCGGAGGACGGAUGCAUCCGGUUGUGGAUUAUAGAUGAAAUGGAGAUAAUCCAAGAUCAGAUAGUAUUCCCACGAUUGAAGCGCCAUUUGGAGAGGGAACACAACCGCAUCAAUAAAGAACUGGACGCUAUCAAGGAGGAUCUGCAAAGCCCUGUUGAGAUGUUGAAGAAAAAAGCCCAAGCAACCAAGAAGCAAAUAUCCUCGAGGUUAGGAGUGUGCCAGACUAAACUGAACUACAUGAAGGAUUGCGAAGCGGAGAGGAAUGCUCUUGGAUGUGUACAAGCGCACCUGAGCCUCGCGGGGACUCGUGGGGCGGUGUCGUCCAUCUCGUGGCGAGAGCGAGAUAGUCCAUCUAACUUCCAAGUUGUCUCUGCUGGUACCGAUCAAAGCAUCUACAUCCACAAUAUCGAUCUCCCUAAGGCUGACAAAUUCGAGAAAUGGGCACCACGCAGUAGCCUUGUUCGACGAUUCACUGACGAAUCAUUAUGA